CCACGGUUAGAAUACAUAGCUCAGCCCAGUACCAUAAGCGUUGGCUCUUGUUCUUCUCAAAAACUCUGAAUAUGAUUUUCAUAUUUUAACGAAUGAUUUCAGUUUAACUGUUCGCACACUCUUGUUCUUGUAAGGCUGAAACUAGAUUAAAAUAUCAUUGGAUGAUUUUUGGACUCUCAAUUCUUUUUAUUCCUUAUACGUUUGUGUUUGAGCGCGACCUAACGAGGUUAACCAAACUUCAAUUCCAAAGUUGCUUAAACACCUGUGUCGCGAACUGAAGUGGGAAUCGCAGGACUCAUUACAGAUUGAAAGUUGUGGUGGUAUCAGUUUCAGUUAUGGCAAUGACUGCUAAUAAACCUCGGAGCACCAGUUUCUCACGGAAUUUCGGUGCAGCAUCAAGUUCUGUUCCCAGCAUUCCUGGGCUUAAGCAUGGUCCAAACGGGACCAUGUUACUUUCAUCUGGCAUUCCUGACCUCGAUAAGAUUCUGGGAGGUGGGCUUGCAUUGGGAAGUCUAGUGAUGGUGAUGGAAGAUCCGGAGGCGCCGCAUCAUAUGUUAUUGUUGAGAAAUUUUAUGUCUCAGGGCUUGGUUCAUCAUCAACCUCUAAUAUAUGCAAGUCCUGCAAGUGAUCCCAGAGGGUUUCUUGGCACCUUGCCUAGUCCCAUGGUGUCCAAGGAUGAGAAAUCGCGUGUCCAUGAGACGGAGCAGGAGAAAGGGCUGAGAAUCGCAUGGCAAUACAAGAAGUAUUUUGGGGAGCAUAGUUCAGAGUCUCAUAGAGAUGGGAAGUCUGAGUAUUGCAAUGACUUUGAUUUGCGGAAGCCCCUGGAGAGGCACUUCUUUAGUGGAAAACAGAUCGAUUGUGUUAGCCUAAAAGAAUCUGCUGAUCUUGGAGCAUUUCAUGAACGUUGUUUGAGCUUCUUAUCACAAUCAAAUCAGAACAAUGGAAACAUAACAGGGGGUCGUAUUGCUAUUCAGUCACUGUGUUCGCCGCAGUGUGAAUAUUCCAACAGAGAAUGGGAAAUGCUUUCUUUUGUUAGAUCCUUGAAAAGUGUUGUAAGAUUGUCAAAUGCAGUAGCUGUAGUGACAUUUUCACCUUCUCUCGUUUCAACAACCUUCUCAAUAAGGCUGCAACAUUUGGCUGACACCUUAGUUUCUGUGAAAGCUAUUCCAGAUGAAGACAAGGAACUGGCUAAGCUUCUCACAGGAUACCAGGAUAUGGUUGGACUUCUUAGUGUGCACAAAGUUGCACGUUUUAACACACAGGUCCCUGCAAUUCUGGAGGCAACCACAUUCUCAAUGAAACUGCAGAAGCGAAGAUCCUUAAUUUUGGAAUGUAUAAACCAAGCUCCUGUAGAUGGUGCAACUGGAAGUUCUUAUGCCUCUUCUGGUAGUUGUUCUGGGUCUUCUAAAACAGGUUCUCUCGACUUUUAGUUGAAUGUAGCUGUUUGAAGCACUUAAGCUCGUUGAAUGUCUGGUGUCAGCUGAUCUCUUGGAAAGGCUUUGCUAGAGCACCGGCUUUUACUUUGGUGCUUUUGGUCACUGUAACUGUGAAGCUUUGUUGUGGCUGUUGCCAGCAAGCAUUCUUGAUACCGGAUUCCAUUUUUGCAACGUCUGAUUGUAUUUAUCAAUUGUGUUGCGACGACUGAUUAUGGUUUUGUAAAUUUUCUCUUUUGUGGUAGAUGUCAAGUCAAGAUAGCUCGCGCCAUUAACAUUUUCGUACGUGCCAAUAUGUUGGAAGGCUACAUCUUUUAACUUCAUUAUUCUUUUCCCCUUGUUAGGAAUGUUUGUUUCUGUCC